CGUCUCACGUUUUUCUUUCAAAGGGUGACCUUUUCACCGGAAGCAGUCACUGUAAACAGUAUGCCCGUUUGGUGGUGAAGGCGAUAUCUGCCUGCACAACCGAGAAAAUGUCCAAAAAUACGAGAAUAAUGUUGGUGUUUGGGGGGUUUGUAACGGCUGUUGCCGCUGCGUGUUACCCCAUAUUUGUUUACCCUCUGACGCACAAAGAAGAGUACAGAGAAGUCCAAAAGGUGAACCGAGCAGGAAUCAACCAGGCAGAUGUACAGCCCGCGGGUCUGAAGAUAUGGUCUGAUCCAUUCAAGCCUGCCAGCAAAUGAUGACCACCGGGACCCCUUCACUGAUUCCAGACACUGAUGCCGGUGCAGACUCUGAGUACAGAGCGUCUUUUUGAUAUGUGCUUGGUGGUGUGUGUGUGUGUGUGUGUGUGUGUGUGUGUGUGUGUGUGUGUGAGUGAAUGACUGUUGAGCGAUAACUUACCCUUUAAAUAAAUUAUAAAGAUUUACAAAAUCAAGCAUUGCUUUCUUUUUAAUAUACUGCAUUUAGAGGCAGAAAAACUAACUACACAGCUGGGAUAGAUAUAAAACAAGGACUGUGUUGUCUGCCUGCUGGUCUUCUGUUGCCCACAUGAGGGCGCACCAUUCCUGUGUGUUCUUACCAAAGGCAGUGGACUGUAUAAUGUCUUGUUUGUGCAUCUUAGAUAUUUUGGAAAAACCAUUGUAUUUCCAAAAAGCUUUGCUCUGGUAUGCAGCC